UUUGCAUAAUUUCGAAAUUUGAAAAAAAAAGUUGUAAAUUUUGUAGCGCGGUUUCACAUAAUUUUCCUCAAAUUUUAAAUCAAAAUAUAAUUUAAUUACCACUAAAACAUGAAUUUCGUUGUUGAAAAUAAAACUACAUCAUCUGGUAGAAUUGGCCGUUUGGAGCAUUCAGAAACCGGCACAUCAGUUCAGACUCCUCUUCUAAUACAAUGCACAAAGGGUGGAAGCAUUCCCCAUCUUAGCCAAGAAGUCUUCAAAUACGUUACACCUGAAUCACCAAUUCUUCUUCUUUCCUUAUCAAAUAUAACCUACAUGGCUGAGGCGCUGAAAGUAUUCAAAAAAGGUAUUUCUUCCUUCGUUGGUUAUCCAAAUUCACUAAAUAUCUUGACAAUACGAGAUAUUUGUGAAACUACACCAUCCGGAUUCAAUGACAAGGAUAUUGUACCAUUAUUUACAAGGCGGGGGAAGGAACCUUUAUCUGCCCAACAGUACAUGACAUUGGUAGAAGCAAUUUCUCCAGAUAUUUACAUUGGAUUAUAUGAUGCUGAUACUAAUGAAGAGAGUUCAAAGAAAAGAGUUCAGAAGUCCGUUGAACGAACUGAAGUGUUCUUCAAUUAUUGCUAUGAAAAACACACAAACUCUAGCAAUCUAUCGAAGAAAUCAAUUUUUGCUCCCGUUGUUGGUGGAUUCAAUAAAUUCUCCAGAUCAUUGUCCAUUAAAAAAAUAAAAGAAAAACCCCAAGUUGCUGGCUAUGUCCUCGAUGGAUUCCACAAUAAUGGUCUUAGUGCUACAACAGUAAGUUGCACAUCUUUACUGGAAAUCGUUCAACACUGCGUAAGCGAACUUGAUGUGGAUAAACCAAAGAUGGUAAUGGGUGCCUAUACUCCAUUGGUAGUAGCUGAAUUGGUACGACUGGGUGUUGAUAUUUUCGAUACAUCGUAUGCAUAUGAAGCUACAUCAAAUUUCAAAGCGCUUAUCUUUAAUUUCAAUAAGGAAAAUACGGGUCCAAAUAAACCAAUGUUGGAAAUUUCAGACAAAGAAUUAAAAGAAGAUUUUACUCCAAUACUUGAAAACUGCAAGUGCGAGGCAUGUAAACAACACACAAGAGCGUAUAUACACCACUUGUAUAAUACCAAGGAGCUACUUGGACCUAUUUUACUGAUGAUUCACAAUCUUCACCAUUAUAUGGAGUUCUUUAAAACUUUACGGACGGCUGUCAUGGACGAUUCUCUGUCAAAUCUAAUUGAUUUACUAAGAUUUCAAGGAACAGAUAAAGAAAUUGACUACAGUAUUACGGAAUUACCAAAGCUUAUUAAUAAAGGCGAUGAAAAAAAAGCGAUGUUCAGAGAAAUGGCAACAACACAAUAA